GAAAAUCUGCGCUUGCCCUUUAAGCGGCGGGACUUCUGGUCAACGUCUUCUACAGCCGCCGGAAGGGGAAGUUUCGCCUUCGAACGCUCCCUCGCUCGUCCGAAUUCGGUGGCGCCACGUCCGCCCUUCUCCGCCUUCUUAGCCGCGGCUUGGGCGGCUUCCGCCUCGACACCUUCCACUCGCGGAGCGGGCCCUGUCGUGAGGGGCCGAGUACGGGGAGUCGGGCGGCUGUGCGCACCCUGGCCACUUAAAAGGCGAAGAUGUCGGACAUCGGGGACUGGUUCAGGAGCAUCCCGGCCAUCACGCGCUAUUGGUUCGCCGCCACUGUCGCGGUGCCCUUGGUCGGCAAACUCGGUCUCAUCAGCCCGGCCUACUUCUUCCUCUGGCCCGAAGCCUUCCUCUAUCGCUUCCAGGUUUGGAGGCCAAUCACUGCCACCUUUUAUUUCCCUGUGGGUCCAGGAACUGGAUUUCUUUAUUUGGUCAAUUUAUAUUUCUUAUAUCAGUAUUCUACACGACUUGAAACAGGAGCUUUUGAUGGGAGGCCGGCAGACUAUUUAUUCAUGCUCCUCUUUAACUGGAUUUGCAUCGUGAUUACUGGCUUAGCAAUGGAUAUGCAGUUGCUGAUGAUUCCUCUGAUCAUGUCAGUACUUUAUGUCUGGGCCCAACUGAACAGAGACAUGAUUGUAUCGUUUUGGUUUGGAACGCGGUUUAAGGCCUGUUAUUUACCUUGGGUUAUCCUUGGAUUCAACUAUAUCAUCGGAGGCUCGGUAAUCAAUGAGCUAAUUGGAAAUCUUGUUGGACAUCUUUACUUCUUCCUAAUGUUCAGAUACCCGAUGGACUUGGGAGGAAGGAAUUUUCUCUCCACACCUCAGUUUCUGUACCGCUGGCUGCCCAGCAGGAGAGGAGGGGUGUCAGGAUUCGGUGUGCCCCCCGCAAGCAUGAGGCGAGCUGCAGACCAGAACGGCGGAGGCGGGAGACACAACUGGGGACAGGGCUUUCGGCUUGGGGACCAGUGAAGGGGCGGCCUCGGGCCUGCCCACCAGCCACUCCGCUCAGAUGACGUUUCCUCCCAGUGCUGGGUGUGCUUACCAACCAAGUUCUAGCAAACGCUGUCGGACCCGACCCACACUGAAUGUAGUCUUUCAGUACAAGACACAAUUUUUUAAAUCCUGAAGAAAAAUAUAAGUGUUCCUCAAGUUUCGUGAUUCUCAUUCAAGUCCUUACUGCUACGAAGAACAAAUAUCAACUGUGCAAAUUUCAGAACUGACUAUAUUUUUUUGGUGUCUUCUCUUCCUUUUCCGUCUGAAUUAAUGGGUUUUGGCAGGUCCCGGUCUGCUGGCACCAAGCUGGGCUUGUGGGGUGGGGUCACCAAACCCUUGACAAAGGGACUCUUACCUCUUUCUCGCACACAUGCCUCCCUCCUUCUUUCCCCAACCCCCACACUUGCAGCUAGAGGAGGUUGCCCAUAACAUGGUUCUGCCUGUGACAAGCUCUCUUAUUUAUUGACUUCUGCCAAGGCUUGGUCACAGAGAACUUGUCCACCGCGUUCCCCCCUUUGGUGGCAGAACUAUAACAAUAGAAGAGAAGACUGGACCAGCGGACGGAGAGCUUCAUCAGCUUUUGGAAUUGCUGUGACCUGGUAUCAUGUGCAACCAUUUGCCACCUCUACAGAUGUUUCUUAUGGGAAAAAAAAAAAAAAAGCACCACUGUGUCAGUGAGGGCCACAGACUGGGGCUGAGGGUUGUUGCUAGUCCUUUUUGUUUUCCCCAAGUCAAGUGGUGGAAACUCAAGUGGAGCUGCAUCUUGCUGGGGUGGGGGGUGGGGCUAAGGUGAACUGGGGGGCAUACUGCAAACUCCCUUUGCAUCUCAUGUAGAGCAUACUGGUUUUGUGUGGGCCCAGAGUAGUUUGGGUUGUGUUGUGCUAGAAAGUUCCAAAUCACAUUUGCCGCAGGGAGUUGCUCUCUCUGAGAGAGACCUGGGCAUGAUCACAUUUCCUCCUCCUUCUAGUUUUAUGUUCAUUGAAUAGUGUGGACAGGACAACCUCAUACCCUAUUUAAAUUGUCUUUUUUCUCUCCUUCCCCUUUUACUGGCCAUGUGCUUCAGUUAAUUGUGAGGAAGGUGCAGCUCUCCUCUGUACAGAGAUUGUAUGUUGAGAGCUACUACAAGCACAUCUAGGUAGAUCCCAUAACUUUGGGUUGUAAUGGCUUUAGAAUCAUUUGUGCUUGAGGGUCUUUAUUUUGAGCCAUGAAGGUACACGUCAUGAAUGCACAUCAGACCAGCGUAAAUACCCACAACUUCUGUUUUCAUAGGUGGGCUUUUUCACAUCAGAGUGAGGCUUAUCCCCCAAUAAAGUUUUUUUGAAGGCCCUGGUGUUUGCCAGUUUCUUAAUUUGUGUUUUUAGUCCGAAAGCAGCCUGCCAGGACCAGUGUUGAGUGGCUGCCACACUUGGAGUCAGCUGGAAAGGCUUUGGUCGUUUUGAUUGGUUUCUUCUCAGGAAACUUUGUGCUCUACCAGUGUGACUGUCCCGCGCCCCACCUCUAAACAGUAGUGACGUGUGUUCUCCCAGGAAGUGAGGAUUUGAAAACAGCUCGUUUUUAAAAAAAGUUUGUUUGUGUGUACCUCUCCAUAUUUAAGUUAUACCAUAAAAUAGGAGGCCGAGAGAAUCUGAACCUCAACUGUCAUAUGUUUUUGCUGUUGACCUGUGGCCACAAUAAAAUUUACUUGUAAACUUUUAGAAGCCAUUAGUCCUGUCAUGUCGCAUGUGCGCUCAUCGUACAGGAGCGGAAACUCAUUGUACGUGUAAGAAGGUUCUCGUAAGUGAGCCCGACGCUCUUUGCCCUCUUAGCCACUCAGCUGCCUGCUAGCAGUAGUUUUGGUAAGGGUUACAAGUAUUCUUUAGGACACCUAAGUUCAAGGCAAAAUGUUCAUUAAAUUUUCCUUUUCAAAUACAUUUAGGGAGCUGAUCAUUUUGUCUGGAUGACCUGUCUUUUUGGAAUAAUUUUAGCUAAGCAAGCUAUUUGAGAUUUGAUUUGGCAAGGCAAGACAUGAUGGUGGAUUCUAUUAAUGAGUGAAAUUAAAAAAAAACAAACUUAUUUUGUAUCGAGAACUUCCCCUUUUGUAACUAAUCCUUUUUAUUGAUAAAAAUUGUAAAUUAAAGUGUACAACUUGA